GCCGAGUCGCGCCGAGCCGCGCACGGGAUCCAUAAAUAAAACAAUUGGUUAUAUACAUAUGUUUUUCAAAUCGACGAAUGCUAUUAUAUAUUUUGUAUUGAGCACUCGUUUCGGGGGCCGACGCCGACGCCCGGCGCCGACGUCGUUUUUAAAGCGCGUCGACGGCGUCGGAGUAAUCCGACCAAUCCCGGGUCGUAAGUUAAGGAGAUCUCGUCGCGCGGGGAUAUAUAAUCAACGCCACCCGCGGAACGGGCCGCGGGCUCUCGCGGAGGAUGCACCGGUGAGGCGAGGCCAGGCAGACGACCGGCCCGGACGAGGGGAUGCCCGCCAGCCCGUGAGGCCUCGCACCCGGGGACCGGCCCUCUUUUGAAAUGGGCACGGCGGGCCGGGAUUUCGAACGCGACCGCGAGGCCGCCCUGUGCAGGCUCUGCGCGGCCGAUCUCGUCGGCGACGACGCCCUCCACAUCUUCGAGGCCGAGGACGCCAGGCGACGCUACCUCCAGGCCAAGAUUCGCAAGUACCUUUACCUCCCGGUCGCUUCUGAAGAUAAAUUACCAAAGAUGGUUUGUUCAACCUGCGUUAAAAGAUUGGAGGGAGUUCAUCGGUUUGCGACGAUGGCACACCGAACGCAAGAAAAAUUAAGAUUACAAUUGUAUGGCGUCUUUGACGAUAUUACCGCUCCUCGAGAUGUGGACACCGAUAAGCAAAAGGAUCCUCAGGAUACCACAAAGAAAAUGGAGGACCGAGGACUGUUACAUUCCAUAUUAACUAAAGGGGCAAUAGAAAUUUUAACAGAAGGCGAACCAUUGGGUCCAUCGACCUUACUUACGCAAGAUGACGACCAGCAUGCACUUAAUAUGGAAGAAAUGGAAGUUAAAGUCGACCCGAUGCUGUUUUUACAGUGUGGUUUGGAACAAUCAUCCUCUGAAAUGUCAGAUACUUCUGACACGGAAGAAAAAGUGACAAAAGCGCGUUCUCCGGAACCUCUGCCUCUUAUAAACAAGAAUUAUGAAAUUAAGGAAGACUGUGGAAAAGAAAUAAAGCCAUCGGAAGAAAGUGAGGAAGAUGUAUCGAAUACAACAACGAAACCGCACGAAUGUACGAUCUGUGCAAGAUCUUUUAUAUCGCAAAUCGGUUUGCAAAAUCACUUGUGGUCCCAUUUACCUACAGAUCGACGGUUCGAUGGGAAAUCGGUGUUAAGGUCGCAGCAAGUGUAUUCUGCUAAUGGAGUUCUGCAUACGAAUAUUGAUAAUAAUUCUACAGGAAAUUUCGUAUGUCCAAUUUGUAGUAAGAGGAUUUCUACUAAGGGAAACUUGAAAGUUCAUUUGGAAACUCAUCGGCCUAAAGGAAAGUACGGAUGUGACAUAUGUGGUAGAAUCUUUAAGACGCAGUCUAAUUUGUUUCGUCACAAGGAAUAUCAUGGUGGUAUACAAUUCCCAUGCAAUGUAUGUGGAAGAGUAUAUCCUACUAAAUCAACUUUACGAGCUCACAGUAUUACUCAUUCCAAUCUCAGGCCGCAUGCGUGUCCUCUGUGUGAUAAAACUUUUAAAAGGAAUCAGGAUUUGAAAUUUCAUAUAAACCAACACACAGGUGCUAGGCCUUAUCAAUGCCCUUACUGCCCAAAAGCAUUUGCCAGCUCAGGUAAUUGUUUUUCUCACCGAAAGCGUAUGCAUCCUCGAGAGGUUCAUCGGGACAGGCAAAGGGCCGCGGAUUUAAUGAGAUGAACCAUGGGGGAUCGAUUUGAGGAUUGGUUUGAUGCUCAGCAAUAAUUGAAGAAAUUGUAUGCGUAUGCAUUAGCGUUAUUGUUAAGCACGAGGUUUAAUUUUUAAGAUUCGCGGUGCUAAGAAUUAAACCACGGUUUGAAUGUUACCAUUAAUCUACAGUUUGUUUAAGCUCUACGUAAAUACGUUAUUUAUUGAGAUUCCAUUCGUUUUACAUUUCUUGUGAUUUUUAUUCUCUCUAAUAUCGUUACUGUACUUAACGACAGAGGGACUAUAAAUAAUAUCGAUAGUUUUAUAAAAUCUUCCAUUAUUACCGGCAUUACCGGUGAGAGUAAUACCGAUACAUAUUUAACAUUACAAACUAAUAGAAGAUUUCUUCAAUAUUUUAAUUUCUCUUAAAACCAAUUCUUAAUUUAUUACUACAUUUUUAUUUUUUCCUGCCAAUAUGAUUCUGUGAUACUUUAAUUAUGGUAUUAAUUCUGGCUAUGAAGCAGUUUAUUGUAAGAGAUUGCGACGUGAAAUAUUAUUUCGUGAAUUUAGACUGUGUACUUACGAAAUCAUAGGCGUGCUUUAAACUGUAGUUGGAGCUUAACGACGUGUUAUUUUGCCUCUAUGCCAACGGAUAAUCGAAAGUGAAUAGAAAAUGUUGCAAAGCAGAACCAACUUUAUACGUAGCGUGGGUGGUUUGUGAAAAUAUAAGGAGAAAGCGAGAACGGACGUUUUCCAUAUAUAUCAUCGUCGACAUUAAGACUGUAUAGGGAAAUCUCGUGUCAAAUUGGAAUAAUAAGAACUCGCGUAUGUAGGGUAGAGUGCCGUGAUCGCAUGUCACAACAAAUAAAUCUAGUUGUUACGAAUUUAGUAUUAAACAAGGACAAAGUAAAGGGUGUAGUUAGAAUUAUAUACAAUCGUAUAACGUUAUUCUUUUAAACAAGGUUGUACGGAAUACAUGUUAACUGAAGUCUGAAUAGUUUUAGGGAUUCGAUAGUAGACUAAAGAUUUCGUGUAACGUAGAUUAUAGACUGUGCUUCCGUAUGAUAUACAUAUGCAGACAUAUGUGCCCUCGUGCCAAUAUAGCUGAAAGGACAAUGGAAUUUGUUAAGAUAUAUUUAAAAAUAAACGAGCAUAACGCGAGUUAUUACGUGUAAGCCAUCGAGUAGCGCUGUUUUAACAUAUUUAAACAAAGUACUAGUAACUUGUUUUGCAAUAGUUCACACAGAUGAAUACGUAUUUUGUGAUUGCGUUUUUUACCCCUGAUAGAAUAGUCGCUAGAAUAGACAUAAGUAUACGUAGAUGGUAAAGGUGAUACCGUUAAAAAUAAUCAAUUUUUGAACCGUAGAGAUCUUCGAGAUUUGACAUCAGUCAUUAAAUCGACGCCAUAGCUGUUAGUCUAAUCAAAAAUUGAAUAUUUUUUUAGCCGCCUACACACCAAAAAUUAGUGUUAGACUAGCGAGUAAUUCAGAAACGCCAAAUAACGUAGACAAAUAUUAGACACUUGUUCAAACGACACGAUAUUUACAUAUGCAAUUAAAUGAGAAUAUACUUAAACUGUAAACGUAAGCAACGUGAAAUUACACGACGUAAUACAGUAGAUUUAUGGUGUUUAGUGAUACUCGUGAAAAAUCUAUUAUGUAUGACACGUGCAAUGUAAACAUGACAUAAUUUGAAAAUUUAUUUCAAUGAUAUGUACAUUAUCGAGUAAUCAUUUAGUAGGGAUUAUAACAAUUUGGUAGGCCAUCGAACAUAUCACCGGUAGCGUUAUAUAGUGUAUAGUCUGCUACGACUCUGUAUGCAACUCACGAGUUGUCCAUACUAUUAAAGAAUUAAACGAGA